UCGUUGCAGCAGUGCAGUCAUAUUUUUUUAGGAAGUUCUAUCAUUGUGAUUAUUUGUAAAUGGAAUAAUUUACUGAAGUUUCUACACAAAUUACUCGUAUGUUACAGAGUAAUUGUCUACAGUUGUACAGAAUCUCAUUUCCUUAAAAGAAACCAAAUAUGGAUGGAGCGUAUAAACGUAGAAAUAAGAAGUCUAGAGAUGUGGAAAAAGCCAAGUCAACGUUUACUGAACCAGAUAAAGAUAACUCUGCGGAACCAGAAAAAGAUAAGAUUGCUGAACCAGAAAAAGAUAAGAUUGCUGAACCAGAAAAAGAUGAGGUUGCUGAACCAGAAGAAGAUGAGGCUGCUGAACCAGAAGAAGAUGAGGCUGCUGAACCAGAAAAAGAAAUAACAUCGCAAGCUCCUCAGAAAAAUAUCAUGUACUAUUUCAACAGGCUUAGGUACUAUCAUUACUGUUUAGCAGAAAAAGUGGAUACUGCAAUCGGAGUUAUAUGUAUUAUGAUAAUUAAAAUAUACUUCUUCUUGACUGGUUUCGAUCAGCAUACCUUGGAACCUGAUGGGUUAACAGGUAAAAUGAAUGUGGACAUUGAUUAGCACAAAAGAUGUUUGUUCGCCUGUCAAUGUUUUUUAACGAAUAAAAUACGAAGAAUGAAUA